UAGAGUUCCUGUGUUCGCGCUGACAGUGCAGUGAAACAAGUUUCCAUGCUGAUGAUUAGCAAUUUCAUAACUGUGGGUGAAUUUACAGUGAAGUAGAAAAUGGCCUCAUAUUUUGAUGAGCAUGACUGUGAGCCCACGAAUCCAGAAGAACAGUACCGACAGAACGCCCUGCUGGAGCUCGCCAGGUCUCUGAUGCAGGGUCUUGACAUAGACUCCGGUUCAUUUGAUUUGUCGGAUUGGGACCAGCGGCUCCCGCCUCCUGCAGCCAAAGCUGUGGUUCAGAGUCUUCCUGUGGUCAUCAUCUCCCCCGAACAAGCAGAUAAAGCACUGAAGUGUCCGGUGUGUUUGCUGGAGUUUGAAGAGCAAGAGACCGUGAGAGAGAUGCCCUGUAAACAUCUGUUCCACACGGGAUGCAUCAUGCCUUGGCUCAGUAAGACCAAUUCAUGCCCCUUGUGUCGACUUGAACUACCCACUGACAAUCCAGACUAUGAGGAGUUUAAAAAAGACAAGGAACGGAGAAGGCAAAGAGAACACCGACUAGAGGAUCUACAUGGAGCCAUGUACACAUGACCUCAGCACCUUCAAGAUUUGAAUAUGGUUUCAACUUUCAGUUUGUUGGAAGUGAGUUUACUGCGCAGGGACCAGGCUUUGAAGUGAUUGCGUUUGUGUGUACUUGAAAACAAUGUUUUUAAUAUUAUCACUUUUAAGACUGCUUUGAUUGGCUAUGCACUGAGAACUGUUUGUAUGAAACAUAGCCCUAUAGACCUUUCUGAUUUCAUUAAACCUUUUAAAUAAAGCAGUUGCUUUUUUGUUUUAGUGUGAAAUUGUGUUUGUUCGCUCUAUGAUUUCAUAUUCAUUCGUUUUAUUCCCUGAAGAGAUUUCUUGCCUUUUAAGUACUGAAAAAAUAUUGUGCUGAUAAGCGAUGCCAUAGUUAAUAUAAUAAUUUCUAGGAUGUACAGUGGCACACUUGUCACUUUAGGCGUGACUUUCCCAGUUAAGAAAUGAAACCCUCCUUAUGUAAAACGGUAGACCUCUACCUCAUGAAAAAUGUAUGUGAUUUUUAGGUGUGUAAAUUAUUACAAUGAUUCAACAUGCUUGUACUGACUAAUGAUGGAGCAAAAACACUCUCUGAAUUUGUAAAAUGUUAAACUAUCUUUUCCAUAUUUUUAAAUAAAAAGUGAGCUUCGCUAA